AUGGGCACAGAACAAAUAGUAAUAUUUAAAAAUGCUGGCGAUCGCCUGCUGGACAUACCUUGCAAGGUGUGCGGCGAUCGCAGUUCGGGCAAACAUUAUGGCAUCUACAGUUGCGAUGGCUGUUCCGGCUUUUUCAAGCGCAGCAUUCAUCGCAAUCGGAUUUACACCUGCAAGGCGACAGGUGAUCUCAAGGGUCGCUGUCCUGUGGACAAAACACAUCGCAAUCAGUGUCGCGCCUGCCGCCUGGCCAAAUGCUUUCAAUCGGCCAUGAAUAAAGACGCUGUUCAACAUGAGCGCGGUCCACGCAAGCCGAAGCUGCAUCCCCAGCUGCAUCAUCAUCAUCAUCAUGCAGCGGCUGCAGCGGCGGCGCAUCAUGCAGCCGCCGCCCACGCCCACCACCACCAUCAUCAUCAUCACCACGCCCAUGCGGCGGCGGCCCACCAUGCGGCGGCAGCCGCAGCCGCCGCUGCUGGACUGCAUCAUCAUCAUGGCACCCACCUGCCAGUGUCGCUGGUGACCAACGUCUCCGCAUCGUUCAACUAUACGCAGCACAUUUCGACGCAUGCACCGCCGGGUGGCUUCCAUUUGCCCACAGGUGCGCCACAAGGUGCGCCGGCACUGACACACCAGUCGCAGACGGGACAUGCGGGGCAGCAGGCGGGAUCCCAUGCCACGGCCUUUCACCAUCCGGCACAUGGCCACUCGCUGGGUCCACAUGGAGCUCUGCAGAAUGGCAAUAGCAGCGGUGCACUCGGUGGUGCUGUCACUGCUGCUGGCGGUGGGUCAAGCGUUGCGAUGACCUUUCCGCCACAUUUACUGCAUCACAAUCUCAUCGCCGAGGCGGCCAGCAAGCUGCCCGGCAUUACGGCAGCCACGGCAACGGCUGUGGCUGCUGUCGUCUCCACCACACCCUAUGGCCAGGCCACGUCGGCGGCAAUCGCUGGCAAUCACAACAACUACUCUUCGCCCUCGCCCAGCAAUUCCAUACAGUCCAUCUCGAGCAUCGGUUCGCGCAGCGGCGGCGGUGCCAACGGCGCUGGCAGUCUUAGCCUGGGCAGCGAGAGUCCGCGCGUUAAUGUGGAAACGGAGACUCCGUCGCCAUCGGCAUCGCCGCCCUUGAGCGCUGGCAGCGUCUCGCCGGCGCCCACGUUGACAGACUCGCAAAGCUUGGCGGCAUCCAGCGCAUCGCCGCAUCCGCCCCAGAGCUCCACGCACUGCCUCAGCGAUAACUCGCAUCAGACAAACAAUCCAACAACGCCGCCCGCAAAUGAUGCGCUACUCAUGCACAGCAUACAUGUCAACAACAACAACAAUAAUAAUAACAAUAACAACAACAACAACAAUACGAGCAACAAUAAACAGCUUAGCUACACUUCGGGCUCACCCACGCCCACAACGCCCACACCUCCGCCUGCGGCGCCGGCAACAACGCGCACCAGCAGCGCCUGCCACGGCUCGAACGGUUUCUUGGAACUGCUGCUCAGUCCGGACAAAUGCCAGGAGCUCAUCCAGUAUCAGGUGCAGCACAAUGCGCUGCUCUUUCCACCGCCGCUGCCACAGCAGCUGCUCGACUCACGCCUGCUCUCCUGGGAGAUGAUGCAGGAGACGACGGCUCGUCUCCUGUUCAUGGCCGUGCGCUGGGUCAAGUGUCUGAUGCCAUUCCAGACCUUGUCCAAGAACGAUCAACACUUACUGCUGCAGGAAUCCUGGAAGGAGCUCUUUCUGCUCAAUCUCGCUCAGUGGACCAUACCCUUAGAUUUGACACCGAUACUGGAGUCGCCGCUGAUCAAGGAGCGCGUGCUGCAGGACGAGGCGACGCAAAUGGAAAUGAAGACCAUACAGGAGAUACUCUGUCGGUUUCGGCAAAUAACGCCCGAUGGCAGCGAGGUGGGCUGCAUGAAGGCGAUUGCGCUCUUUGCGCCCGAGACCGCCGGCCUGUGCGAUGUGCAGCCCGUGGAGAUGCUGCAAGAUCAGGCGCAGUGCAUACUCUCCGAUCAUGUUCGACUGCGUUAUCCGCGACAGGCGACGCGCUUUGGCCGGCUGCUGUUGCUGUUGCCCUCGCUACGCACGAUACGAGCGGCGACCAUUGAGGCGCUCUUCUUCAAGGAGACUAUCGGCAAUGUGCCGAUAGCACGACUGCUUCGCGAUAUGUACACCAUGGAGCCGGCGCAGGUGGACAAGUAAAUGAUGACUCGCUGGCUGGCUAGCUGGCUAGCUGGCUGGCCAUGGGCGUGGCGUGCUUCCAAAUGUAAUCAAAAUCGAUGCGCGUAGCAUUUAAGCG